AUUUAGCCUCGUGGUGAAAUGCCUGCCUCCCACACCAGAGUGCUGGGUUCAGUUCCCGGCUCUGGCUCCUAACUCCAGCUUCCCACCAGUGCAGGCACUUGGAAGCAGUGGUGAUAGCUCAAGUAGUUGGGUUCCUGCCACCCUUGUGGGAGAUCUGGAUUGUGUUCUUGGCUCCCACCCAGUCCCAGCCAUUUCAGGCAACCGGGGUGUGGACCAGUGGAUGGGAACUCUGUCUCUCAAAUUGAAAAGAAAAAACCCUUAAAACAAAAUAUAUGGUUAUCAAGGGGAAGCAAGCAGUCUGGGCACUUGCUUCUCCAUAUCAGUGAUUUGAAGCAUGUGGCCCACCCUAAGUGUCCACCCUUACCCAAGAGGACAGGCGGAUAGUUUCUGUGAGGGCUUCAUCUGUUCUCUUUGGAUGGCUUCCCCAGCCCAGGUGCAGGGGUGGGGGUGAGGGACUUGGUCACAUCUGUGGCUGUUUCUAUCCAAACAGGAUUUUCUUUUUUAUUUGUGUGGAGGGCAUCCAUAAUCAUCUGCAUAAUUGCACUUCAAAUCUCUGCUUUCCUUUCAGGAAGUACAGUAUUUCCUUUGCUGAACCCACUCUUAAUGACCAAAGGAAAAUCAAUAGAGACACACCAGUUUCCUUUCCAUUGAAUUUUGGCUUAUUUCAAUCAGGUCUCUUAAUUCUUUUAAUUUCUGUUCUUAUGUAGAGACAUGUAACAUGUAGCUGGGAAACAGUAUAAUUGCUCAUUGAAAAUAUAUUAACUAUGAAUAAUGGAGGGAGACUGUAAACAUUGAGGAAAUGUAUUUGGCUAUCUUUUUUUUUUUAAAUUAUUUUUCAUUUCAUUUGAAGGGCUGAGAGACAGAGACAGAGAGACAGAGAUCUUUCAUCCACUGAUUCACUCUCCAGAUGCCACCAACAGCCAGGGGUAGCCCAGGCUAAAGCCAGGAGCCAGAAAUUCAGACUGGGUCUCCCACCCAGAAGCAGGCACCCAACUAUUUAGACUAUCAUCUGCUUCCUUCCCAGGGUACAUUAGCAGGAAGCUGGAUUUGCAACUGAAUAACUGGGACUUGAACCAGGCACUCUGAUAUGGGAAUCAGGCAUCCCUUGCACCAAAUACCUGCUUUCAUUUGGUUGUUUAAUAUCACAUCAUUUGGUGGACUCUAGUCUGAAAAGAAAGAGCUGAAAUUCCUUGCAUCUUAUUCUGUAGUCCAAUAUUCUGUGUUUGUUUCCACAAAUCAUUUUGAACCACAGGCCAGCAGUCUUCCUGCCUUCCCAGGUGGCCUGGGAAUAUUGCUAUGAGAAGAAUCUAUCCUAGAUAAAUAUUAGCUACAACAAGAAUUGGAAGAGUGACAGAAGGUGACGACUGUUAUUUAUCUGUUUUCUUCUCAGAUACCCUAAACAAGACAAAUCAGGGCCCUGUGGAGUUCACAUUUAGUUAUAUUCUGGGUAUCUUUAUCAAAAGUUUGAUCAUUUGGAUAUAGGUCCUAGGAGUCUGAAAAUGAAGCCAUCCAGAUAAUGCACUGGCUGUGCAAGGAAGUGUUAAUUAGUCCAUUUAUAGAAGGCAGGCAGCAGGGAGGGUUUGGUGUACACAAAACACAAUACUAAGUGAAAGUUUGGCAAAAAUGUGAAAUGCUGAGCAGCUAAAUAAUGUGCAAAUGUAUCAUCCAUACCAACCAGUAACUUUGAUAAAAUUAAACAAUAAUGCAUUUCACUCGAGGAUGUGCUAUAAAGACAAGAGACUUUGGUAUUAUGCAAAGAGAAUCUCAGAGUAGGGCACACCUGAACGUUGUUGACAGGUAAGCUGUGAUGACAAGAGGGGCUUGUACAUUCACAGGGAAAACUCAUGUGCUUCACAGUUUCCUUUCAGCAUCAUUUAGAAGUCUGGCUUCUUAGAAUGGCUUUGUCAUUUUAUGAUUUUGUGAAUCACAUUGAAUAGAGUCAUCAUGUUUGAGGUUCUAAUUUCAGGUGUUCUGAAGGAAAAAAAAAAUCACAAUUUGGAUGUGAGAAAGGACAUGAGGAGACUAAAGACCUGGGAUUUUGCUGAUCAGAAUGAAACCAAUGUUGAAAGACUUUUCCAAUCUGUUGUUGGUGGUGCUCUGUGACUGGGUUCUUGGAGAAGCUGAGUAUCUCUUCUUGAGAGAGCCAGGCCAUGUAGCGCUGAGCAACAACACGGUGUCUGUGGAUUUCCAGUAUCUUGAUGGGGUGAAUGGGACACUAAGGAAUGUGUCUGUCCUGCUUUUAGAAGCCAACACCAAUCAGACUGUUACCACCAAGUACCUCCUGACCAACCAGUCCCAGGGAACGCUGGAGUUUGAGUGCUUCUACUUCAAGGAAGCUGGGGACUACUGGUUCGUGAUGGCUCCAGAAGCGACAGACAACAGCACUCCCUUCCCCUGGUGGGAAAAAGGCGCCUCUCUGAAGCUGGAGUGGCCUGUCUUUCACAUCGACUUGAAUAGGACAUCCACAGCAGCAGAAAGCACCUUCCAGGUAGGCCUUUUUACCAAUGAACCGCUGUGCCUGUUUCCUGUGGAUAAGCCUGGUAUCGCGGUGGACGUCAUCUUCACCAACGGUCUUCCUGAGACGAGAAUGACUCCAGGACAACCGCUGGAGAUAAGAAGCAGCAAAAGCACAGAGCUCGCUCAGGGACAGUGGGUUGAGUUUGGCUGUGCGCCGGUGGGACCAGAAGCAUAUGUCACCGUGGUGCUCAAACUGCUUGGCCGAGAUUCGGUCAUUACCUCCACGGGGCCCAUUGACCUGACCCAGAAGUUUGGAUAUAAACUAGUGGUGGUGCCAGAACUCACAUGCGAGUCUGUAGUGGAGGUGAUGGUGCUGCCCCCGCCCUGCGUCUUUGUCCAAGGGGGGAUCGCUGUUUUCAAGGAGGCUCCCCGGCGCCCUGGGGAGAGGGCCAUGCAGCUGGCUGAGAACAGCCUGCCUCUGGGAGAGAGAAGAACCGUAUUUAACUGCACUUUGUUUGACAUGGGGAAGAAUAAAUACUGCUUUGACUUCGGCACUUCGAGAAAAAGCCAUCUUUCUGCAAAGGAGAAGGCGUGCAUGUUAAUUCAGAGAAACAUAGAAACUUGGGGACUGUGGCAGCCAUGGAGCCAGUGUAGCGCCACAUGUGGGGAUGGAGUCAGAGAGCGUCGUCGAGCGUGUCUCACUUCCUUCCCCUCCAGACCUGGCUGCCCAGGACUGUCCUCGGAAACCUCCCCGUGUUCCCUGGAGGAGUGCGCUGCUUCCUGGCCAUCCAGCUCAUCUCCCCUUCCACCCCAGGGUCCGGUGAAGUCCAACAACAUCGUGACAGUCACCGGGAUAUCCCUGUGCAUGUUCAUCAUCAUCGCCACGGUGCUCGUCACGCUGUGGAGGAGGUUCGGCCGGCCCCCCAAGUGCAGCACUCCCACCCGACACAACUCCAUCCACUCCCCUGGCUUCCGGAAGAAUUCAGAUGAGGAGGACAUCUGUGAGCUGAGUGAGCAGCGGGGCAGCUUCUCGGAUGGGGGCGAGGGGCCCGCGGGGAGCCCCAGCGACGCGGGCAUCCCUCUGACCUACAGGCGCAGCAUGCCCUCGGCUCCUGACGACGAUGCCUCUGGCAGUGAGAGCUUCCAGUCCAACGCCCAGAAGAUCAUCCCCCCUCUGUUUAGCUACCGUCUCGCCCAGCAGCAGUUGAAGGAGAUGAAGAAGAAAGGUCUGACAGAGACCACCAAAGUGUACCACGUGUCUCAGAGCCCCCUGACAGACACCGCGGUGGACACAGCCGCCGGUCCCCCCUUAGACUUGGACAGCCCGGAAGAAGCUGCCACAAACAAGUUCCGGAUCAAAUCCCCAUUUGUGGACCAGUCUGUAGUCAGUGCUGGGGAAAGACCUCCCUCCAGGCUGGAUUUCAACGUGUCUCAGGCCACCUGUGCAGUGAGCCCCAGCCAGACCCUGAUUCGCAAGUCACAGAUAAGGCACGUGGGCAGCAGAGGGGGACCAACAGACAGGAGCCACCCCAGGAAUUCCCACUUCCGGAGGACAGCUAGUUUUCAUGAAAGCAAGCAGGCGCGGCCAUUCAGGGAGAGGAGCAUGUCCACCCUCACACCACGGCAGGCCCCCGCCUACAGCUCUAGGAUGCGGAGCUGGGACCAGGUAGAGGACAGAUUCAGGCCUCAGAGUCGAGGGGCCCACCUGCUUCCGGAGAAACUGGAGCAUAUGCAAGGGGCAGGGGGGACCAGUGGACCAUUAAGCCCUCUCCCUAAGUGCCACACCUUGAGGCAGCCUGCAAGGAAACCAGACCUGGGUGAUCGCCAGGCAGGAGUGGAGAGAACAGAGCCCCACAGAGCCCGGAGGGGACCAUCCCCCAGUCACAGGAGUGUCUCAAGGAAGCAGUCUUCCCCCACCUAUCCCAAAGACAGCUAUCAGAGGGUCAGCCCUCUGAGCCCUUCUCAGUGUAGAAAAGACAAGUGCCAGAGCUUCCCCACCCAGCCCGAGUUCGCCUUCUACGACAAUACGUCAUUCGGCCUCACUGAGGCCGAGCAGAGGAUGCUGGACCUCCCGGGAUAUUUUGGGUCAAAUGAAGAGGAUGAAACCACAAGUACAUUGAGUGUGGAGAAGCUGGUGAUCUAGACCAAGAGUCAGCCUGAGACUUCACCCAAGGAGGUCCCACGCCCCAGUAUCACAUGCUCAUAUUGUUCUGUGGACUGCUUUGUGUAACUGUACAAUAGGAUGGAAUGUGGAGAGGAAGUAAUUUGUACACAGGAAAGUGUGUGUGUGUAUGUGUGUGUGUGUCUUCUAAUUCUUAAGGAAGAAGUUAUUUAUCCUGAACUUUUCCUUUUGUUAUCCUGUUUCUAUUGGCUUAUUACUAAUAACAAUGACAAUAAAAUUUAAA